AUGCGGAGCCGAGCUGGCGGCGCACGCACCGCCUGUGGGUCGCGCUGCUCAAAAUCGCACGGCGCCGUACAUGCAUGGCGCUCCAGCUGCGGUCAGAUCCCGGCGGCGGUUGUCGUCACCUGCCGGCUCCCCCCCGCGCCCGCUGGCGGCCACGUUGCGCGAGAGAGUUCAUUCAGAUAUCACGAUAUUAGCUAUCGGCGUCGAGGCGCUGAGAAUAUCGCGGCCGCCAAUGUUAUUCUUUAUGGUCCCAUUGACAUGCUCUUUGCUCCGUUUGGCGAGUACUAUAAGAAGGUUCGUCGACUAUUCGUGAUGGAGCUCAUGAGCCCUAAGCGCGUGCAGUCAUACCAAUCAGCCCGAGAGAUCGAAACAGUCGACUUACUGAACAUCGUUGAAAACCAUCGCCUUGCAUCGACACCCGUGAAUUUCUCCGAAUUAUUCCACAUUUACACGAACAAUCUAAUCGCAAGGGUAGCCUUCGGCAAGCGAAGCAAACACGGUAAAGAUUUCCUCGACGCAUUCAAAGAAAGUUUGCAGCUAGCGAGCGGUUUCAACGCUGUAGAUCUUUUCCCGUCGAUGGCGGGGUUUAUCGGCUUGGUGACCGGGAUGACGACGAAGAUCGAUAGGUGCCAUAAGAAGGUGGAUGGGAUUCUGCAGGGGGUGAUCGAUGAUCGGAGAGAACAAAUAGCGAAGGAGGCGGAGGACGUCGACGGAGGAGGCAGACGAGGAGAGAGCGAGGUGGAGAACAUAUUAGAUGUUUUGUGCAAGAUAAGGGAUGAGGGUGGGUAUGAUCUGGAGCUUGAUCAUACUAGCAUGAAGGCAGUGCUUUUCGACAUAUUCGCCGGAGGCAGCGGAACCUCAGCCUCCGCCAUGACAUGGACCAUGUCCGAGCUCAUCUGCAACCCCGCCGCCAUGAAGAAAGCCCAAGACGAGGUGCGGCAAGUCGUCGGAAACAGCCCAAAAAUAACCGAAGCCCACAUCAAACAGUUCCACUACCUCAAGCUAGUCAUCAAAGAGUCCCUAAGGCUCCACCCUCCUGCCCCUCUCCUAGUCCCUCGCCUCACCACCGACGCCUUCAAAAUCCACAACUACGACAUCCCCCUCAAAACCCUGGUUGUCUUCAACGCCUACGCGAUGGCGAGGGACCCGGAGUUCUGGCCCGAGCCCGAGGUUUUCAAGCCCGAGAGGUUUGAGGAGAGUUCGGUGGAUUUCAAGGGGACUAAUUACGAGUUUAUACCGUUUGGCGCGGGGAGAAGGCUUUGUCCUGGGAUUAUGUUUGGACUGGUUGGCAUGGAGAUCGCACUCGCGAACUUGUUGUGCUAUUUCGAUUGGAGGAUGCCGGAGGGGAUGGCGAAGCUGGAUAUGAGCGAGAUCAGCGGGUUGGGUGCACGUCGCAAGUAUGAUUUGUGCUUGUGCCCUGUGCCUUUUGCGCCGUUGCCUGUGGAUGUCUACUGAUUGUCGUAGGUGCGCAAAGUUUGUAGUGUUCUCGUUUAUGUGUCUCUGCAUGCGAGCUGUAGCGCAAUUUGUAAAGUCUCUUGAGCUACUCAGGAGCUUGGUUGUUGAAAAUCUGUAUGGGUAUCUAUGACCUGUUUUUUAUGCCUAAAAGAAUAAUUGCGUGUGGAUCAA